CUAAUCACUUUAAUUAAUCUCUCUCAUCUCUUUCUCUCUCGUUUUCUAACGCAUACACUUUGAAUGGCGCCCAUGAGUUUGCCUCCAGGAUUCAGGUUUCAUCCCACUGAUGAAGAACUGGUGGCUUACUAUCUUGAUAGGAAGGUCAACGGCCAAGCCAUUGAGCUCGAGAUCAUCCCAGAAGUUGAUCUUUAUAAAUGCGAGCCAUGGGACUUGCCUGAAAAGUCAUUUUUGCCGGGAAACGACAUGGAAUGGUACUUUUACAGCACAAGGGAUAAGAAGUAUCCAAAUGGCUCUAGGACGAACCGUGCGACCCGAGCGGGUUACUGGAAGGCCACGGGGAAAGAUCGUACAGUAGAAUCAAAGAAGAUGAAGAUGGGAAUGAAGAAGACACUGGUUUAUUAUAGAGGAAGGGCUCCUCAUGGCCUUCGUACUAAUUGGGUCAUGCAUGAAUAUCGUCUCACGCACGCUCCUUCCUCCUCCUUGAAGGAGUCGUAUGCAUUGUGCCGAGUGUUUAAGAAGAACAUACAAAUUCCAAAGAGAAAAGGGGAAGAAGAAGAAGCAGAAGAAGAGAGCACUAGUGUAGGAAAAGAAGAGGAAGAAGAAAAGGAGAAGAAGUGGAGAAAAUGUGAUGGUAAUUAUAUUGAAGACGAGAGCUUGAAAAGAGCAUCCGCGGAGACAUCUUCAUCAGAGCUAACUCAAGGGGUCCUUUUAGACGAAGCAAACAGCUCAUCCAUAUUUGCUCUUCAUUUCUCAUCUUCUCUUCUGGACGAUCAUGAUCAUCUUUUCUCAAACUAUUCUCAUCAGCUUCCAUAUCAUCCUCCUCUUCAACUCCAAGAUUUCCCUCAACUUUCUAUGAACGAAGCAGAGAUUAUGUCAAUCCAACAAGACUUUCAAUGCAGAGACUCUAUGAACGGGACACUUGACGAAAUCUUCUCUUCUUCCGCCACUUUCCCCGCUUCCCUUUGAUAAAUCCAUAUCUCAUACUAUCAUCUAGUACUUCUUUUCUCAACUUAUUUAAAUAUACUCGGGUACUUCAUAUAUAGUAUUUUUUUUUUUACUUGUUUUUUGCUUAUGAAUUAGUUUGACUGGUGAAAAAGGGUGAGGAGGUUUGUGGAAUUAUUUUUUCUACCACAAAAAGAAAUUGCAUUAUUUUAUUUUAAUUUUUAUCAUUAGG